GCUGAAAGCAGUGUUACUGUUGGGCAGUUAUAAAGCUAGGAGUGUGUAACUGGGAUUUUAAGCUCAGAAUGGACAGGAAACAGUGUUGUGUGAAGCUGACAGUCCAGCCGUCCAGAGGACUUGUGGAUGAGAAGUUCACCGUCCUGGUCCAGAAUGCCCCUCCUGGUUCCCAGCUCACGGUUCACGCUCUGCACCAGUGUGAAGACGGACACACGUGGGAGGCGUUCGCUCACUACAUCGCCAACGCCACCGGGACAGUGAAUGUUCCAGAGGAUCUCAGUCUGGGUGGGACAUAUUCUGGGGUUGAACCGAUGGGUCUGCUCUGGAGCCUCAGACCAGUUCCAGGCAGCAAACCUUGGCUCAGGAUGAGGAAGAUGAACGUCCAGACUCCCUUGGAGAUCAAGAUCUCGGUGUACCAGGGUCACCCAACUGAAGGCUUCAUAACUGAGGUGCCACUGAACAGCGUGUUGGUGGAGCGCUGGUACAUGGCGCCCGGCAUCCGCAGGGUCCCGAUCACAGAGGGCAGACUCACUGCGACCCUCUUCCUGCCCUCAGGACCUGGACCUUUCCCCGGCCUUCUGGACCUGUGGGGGGGUGAAGGGCAUUUGGUGGAGUACCGUGCGGCGCUGCUGGCCUCUCGUGGCUUUGCCUCCCUGACCCUCGACUACCUGACUCCUAAAAUCGCCUCGGAAACUGGAAAGAUGGUGGACAACCAGUACUUUGAGACAGCUUUCCGAGUCCUGCAGCAGCAUCCUCAGGUCCUCGGCAGCAGGAUCGGCAUGAUGGGCCUUUCCCUCGGUGCCAGUUUCACACUCAAAAUGGCCGCUUACUCCGAGGUUAUAAAGCUCAGCAGUGUGGUGUGCAUUAAUGGGACUCAUGUGCAGCCAGUCGAUGGAUCUGUGGAAGAAAUGCUGGAAUACUUUGGAAGUAACGCUGAGAAGACUCGCUUCAACGAGGAGAACCAGGUGAUCUGGCGAGAUCUGCCGCUGCCCAUCCCCACCGACCCUGAACUCAAAGUGGACGUUGGACGACUGCAGUGUCCUGUGAUGUUGGUCGUAGCGGAGGACGAUCAGAACUGGCCGGCGUCCGAGUCUGCUCAGGACAUGAAGGAGAUGAUGGAGCAGGCGGGGAACAGCCACCUGCUGACCAUCCUUUCGUACCCGAAUGCCGGUCACCUGAUUGAACCUCCGUACACACCGCACUGCAGAGCCAGCUCCUUCAGGGUACGCAACCAAGGCGAGACGUUCAUGGCUCUGUGGGGCGGAGACACGGUGCCUCAUGCUCGCGCUCAGGAAGACGCCUGGAGGAAGAUGCUGGCCUUCCUGCAAGAGAAUCUCUACAGCAGCACAAAUCCUGCUGCAACCUCAUUAUCACACCUGUAACAAGGCGACGACUAAUGAUUAUAGAGUUGCAAAGUUAUUUCAGGCUCCAGAAAGUUAAUAUCCCAUUCACAUUUUUCAUAGACAACGUUGCAUGACUCACAAUUUGAGCACUUCUACGGCUUUGAUUGACAUAAAACUCUCCUGGCUGAAUCACCAGUCUAUACACCCAGUCUAGAUACAAGCCUGUGUAGGCCUACAUAAGGGAUUUGUAGGAGUAGUUAACUGCGACUCCCACAAUGCAUUUCAACAAGUAACAUCCAUCACUCAGCAUAAAAUUUGCUCAUG